UCCCGUCUACCUCGACGAACGCGCCCACAAACCCUUCCCAUCUACCUCGACGAACGCGCCCACAACCCCUCCUCGAAGUUUCCGGCUAAGCGGCGGUACCUUCGUGCUUUCCCACGAGCCACGAGGCCUCAGUUCUUCGUGCCUCCCCUCAACCCCUAGCGCCGCCGCGCCGCUGUUAGGGUUGGUGAGCGCUUUCGCAGGCCCCUGACCCUCGUCCUCGAAACGAAGAUAGCAGAAUUCUCCAAUGAUUUGGGUCGGAUUUAUGGUCAAACAAUUUGGAGGAGAUUAAUUCACCCCCAAUCUAUUGCUUUGCCCGUAUCUGACGGGAGGGAUGUGGGCUAUUCGGUUGCUCGUGGUCCUUCUUCGUGGAUUUGAUUGUGAAUCCAUAAGGUUCUCGAACGAACCAGAAGCCUUUGUGCUGUCCAACUGCUGCCUCCCCGUCACCACUAACACUUACAGUUGCAGCAAGAACAUAAUUGCUCUUAAUCCCUAAUCUCCUCACCAUCUCCUCACUGUUGGCCUUCCCCGCAAGAGCUGUUGUCUCCCCCCUCACCACCUACACUUGCAGCAAUAACAGAAUCUGCUCUCAAUCCCUAACCCCAUCCCCAUUUGCUCACUGUUGACCUUCACUGAAAGAGAAACUCAAGAAGAAUGACAACAAUCAAAUUACUUCGGCUGCUCCCCUUCCAAAAUAGGAGCAACCAUUGGCCAUUCGGGCAGUGUAUAGAGUCUUAAACUGCUGCCAGAACACACACACACGUGUGCACGGAUACUUUGAACCUCACAAUAUAAUGGCGCAUCAAGAUAAUCCCCCCUGUGAGGGCUUUGAGUACAUUUCUGACCUAGGGGAGCGUUCAUAUGGGUCUAUUUCUGGAAAAAUAAUGAAUCUCUCCAACGGACAUCAUCUUGUUGGACAAUAUGUCCAAGAAGUUAUGAUCAAGAAGGGUGUGCAUUUGAAGAUGAAACACUUUGAUAUCCUGAAGCAGUUUCAACAUUCCUGCGCUAUACCUCUUCUCAACUUUUACCCAGAAUCUAUGAAUAUGGGCAGAUUAAUAAUACCCAAAGUCGAUGAUGCAUUUGACAAUUGUUUUCUUGGGAUAGAAACAGAAGUUCUAUUUGAUUCAGAUGGAGGAAUGAAUAGAUUUUUCAGAAAUUCUGUCAUUGAGCUAUGUGAUAUGAUAAACAAACUCCACGGGAUGAAUUUCAUUCUGAAAGAUGGUAUAACUGUGCCUAAUUUAUAUGUACAGAAGCUAUCAGAUGGUCAGAUAAAAAUCAUGUUCCUCCUGUCAGAAGUAAAAGAAUCAAAACAAACUAGUGCUGAAGGAAGGUCAGAUUGGAACUCACUCAAAGUGCUUGUGGAGCGGUGCUUCUCAGAGAAACAUGUUCAGAUGAAGUCUGUCACGAGAUCGUGGAUAAAUUUUAUUGGACAACAGUCAUUUACCAUUGACAAGAUGAGAGGGUACCCUGAUAACUGGAACUGGGUAAGGAAAGGGGAGUACCUAAUGACCCUUAAAUCGAGGGAUCAUCGGGCGCUGCAAAAUUCACUAAGAGGGACUGGUAUUACAUGGCCUGAUGAACCAUUGCCUUAUGAACUGCAAAUUAUAGUUGAUUCAUCAGCAUCUGAAGGGCGUCAUUACAGUAAGGAGGUUCCACUCCACUACCUGGUAAUGCUCGCUAACGCUUAUAAGCAUUUCUACUCAAUGGGUCUCCAUGAUAUUUUCGGGGACCUGGAAGCCUUUGUGAAGUAUAUCGAAGUGUGGACGACCACAAUUUGGACUGAGCUGUUUGAGAUAAUAGGUUGGCCAGUUAGCCUGCAUGGCAUCAAGUAUGUCAGGGAAAUAUUAUGGUAAUGUUGACCCAGAGCCGCUUCAAAGUUAAAGCCAUAUCAUUUGGUCACCCAGGAGCUGAAGAUCCUGAAGCCACUUCAAAAUUAAAGCCAUAGCAUUUGGUGACCAAGGAGCUGCAGAUCCUGAAUCCAUCUAACUGCCUAGGAGAUCUUGUCUGGUGUCUUCUGAUUAGAAAUAAAACCUACUUAUGGCUUGUCACAA